CGGAUUUACAGGGUAAAACGUCAAGUAUAGCGAUAAGAUUUCCUCCUGAGAUAAAUAAAAUGACGACAGUUCGUGCUGCCCAAUUGUGCAACGAAACCAUUCUGUCUGCAGUGAAUCGCCAACUGACACUGGACAAAAUGGCAAAGCCCUUCUUCCCAGACCCUCCCGGACAGGAGAAACGUACUGCAGCUGUCCUGAUAGCAAUCUGUGAGGAAAAGGACAAUGUUCUGUCCUUGCUGUAUACGCAGAGAUCUGGGAAUCUCUCUAGGCACACUGGCCAAGUUUCCUUUCCAGGUGGCAUGAGAGAUCCCACCGAUGUCUCAUGGGAAGAUUGUGCCCUCCGGGAAACCGAAGAAGAAAUUGGACUCCACAGACGUUUUAUUGAUAUCUGGGGUACCGGAGCACCUUUGAACGUGCCAUAUUCAAAAGUUACUAUCUACCCUGUAAUCGGGAGCGUGAAGAAUUUCAAUGAUCUAGAGCUGAAGAUAAAUCCCGCUGAAGUUGAAAAAGUCUUCACGGUAUCUCUAGAUCAUCUUUGUUCCCCUGACAAUCAUCGACACACACAAUUUAACAAUGGAAUUGUUAUUCCUGCCUUCGUCAAUACUCCAGCCAAAGUUUGGGGCAUUACAGCAUUCUUGACUCAUAUUUUCUUGAAAGCUCUCCUGCCCAGGGAAACUUACAAAAGAACCUGGCCAAUGCUAAAGCCGUACAAAUUAUAGUAUGAUGUAUUAAUUAAUUAAAUUAAUGUAUUUUUCAAUUGGGUUAUAAAACGAAUUUAUAGAAAAGAAUUCUUGUUGGAAAUGUUAAUUGGUAAUAAAAGGUUAUAUAAAUUUUUAUUAAAUUUA